AACCAUCAACCUAACCUAACCGCUUAUUUCUUUUUUUCCAACUUUUCACCCCAAAACAUUCCAAAACUGCUCAAUCAGCUCCUCAAUUCUUUAGCCAUUUACAUUUCCUAAACCCUUAAUUUUCUCUAUCUCACGUUGCCGCUGCCUGAAAAUCCCCCCUCUUCUAUUUCGUUCUCGCAAUGGCGGUGGCGGCGACGGCCGGAAAAUUCGCCGGUGCAGUUGCUUUGAGGCGAAUGCAAUCAGAUUCAUCACCGGCGGUUUCUUCUUCGUAUUGUUAUUCUAAUUGUCUGUGUUAUGGAUCGAAAAUAUUGAACAAGGAGAAGAAUUACAGAGAAAUUUCACUGAGAUGUGAAGCUGGUUCUCAGAAUUUAAAUCCGAUUGAUAAAAUCGAGACUAAAAAAUCGAAUCUGUUAGCUCUUGAACAACUCAAGGCAUCUGGAAUUGACAGAUAUACAAAGGAAAAGAGCAGCAUUGUUGUCAUUGGACUAAACGUGCACACAGCACCAGUGGAAGUACGGGAAAAGCUUGCCAUUCCAGAAGCCCAGUGGCCUCAAGCCAUCUCUGAGCUUUGUGAUUUGAAUCAUAUAGAAGAAGCUGCUGUUCUUAGUACAUGCAACAGAAUGGAAAUAUAUGUUGUGGCUUUGUCUCAACAUCGUGGAGUUAAAGAAGUGAUCGAGUGGAUGUCUAAGAUUAGUGGAAUUCCUGUUUUGGAGCUAUGCCAGCACCGUUUUAUCUUGUAUAACGAAGAUGCUACGAGACACCUAUUCGAAGUAUCUUCUGGUCUUGACUCUGUUGUUUUAGGAGAGGGUCAAAUUCUUGCACAGGUGAGACAAGUUAAAAAACUUGGACAAGGAGUAUCCGGCUUUGGCCGGAAAAUCAGUGGGCUGUUUGAACAUGCAAUCAUUGCCGGGAAGCGGGUUCGAACUGAAACCAAUAUAUCCUCAGGCUCUGUUUCAGUCAGCUCAGCUGCUGUAGAGCUCGGUCUAAUGAAGCUUCCAGAGCCUUCAUAUGGUUCGGCAAGGGUUUUGGUAAUUGGAGCUGGCAAGAUGGGGAAACUAGUAAUCAAACACUUAGCUGCAAAAGGAUGCACCGAUAUGGUGGUUGUGAAUAGAACCGAGGAGCGAGUUGCUGCUCUAAAAAAAGAGCUUAAAGAUACCGAGAUCGUCUAUAAACAGCUUUCAGAAAUGAUGGUUUGUGCUGGUGAAGCUGAUGUAAUUUUCACCUGCACUGCAUCAGAUGCUCCUUUAUUCACUAAAGAGCAUGUACAAAGGCUCCUCCCCGUGGACCCAAAAUUCGAAAGGCGGCUUUUCAUUGAUAUUUCCGUACCUAGGAAUGUAGAACCGAUUGUCUCAGAUCUCACAGACGCGGAAGUCUACAAUGUCGACGAUCUCAAGGAAGUCGUCGAAGCUAAUAAGGAAGACCGACUCCGAAAAGCUAUGGAAGCGAAAACAGUUAUUUCCGAGGAACUGCGUAAAUUUGAAGCUUGGAAAGAUUCGCUUGAGACUGUUCCGACCAUCAAGAAGCUGCGUGCUUACUUUGAAAGAAUUCGAGCUUCCGAGCUGGACAAGUGUUUGUCAAAGAUGGGUGACAUAUCAGAUAAACAGAAAAAGGCUAUUCAUGAUCUUAGCAUUGGGAUGUUGAAGAAGUUUCUCCAUGGUCCAAUGCAGCACCUUAGACUCGAUGCAAAUGACUGCCGGAAACCCGAAGAAGUACUCGAGAUUAUGAACGCCGUCAAUAGGAUGUUUGACCUUGAGACCGAGAUAAUAUUGGAGACUGUUCGAACAAAGGUAGAACGAAGCCGGAAGUAAGUUCUUUGAACAGUUUAACAGAUCGGUUUUUGCCCUAAUUAUAUCAUUACAAGAUCAACAAUCAUACAUUAACAAAAAAUUCGUUCAUUUCGAUAUCUUUGGAGAAUAUUUUGUUCUCCAUUUUUCAAAAACAGAAACCUCGGCUGCCUUCAUUGAAGAAAAUGAGUUGAAAAUUGUUACCUGAGCUUGAUUUUUGUAUCGACAUACUUCAAUACUUGUACUAUUACUAAUCAUUGAAUAAAGCCAUUUAUGCAAUACUUGUACAAUAUAGUCCUGGGUUUAUCUUCAAAUCUGAGUACUGAUGUAAUGAUUCUAUUAAUUUGUCUAAUUAUUUUGUUUAUUUUUUUUUU